ACAUCCGCUUUGCUCUCGGUCAGUUGCACACGUGUUGCCUUGCACCGCAGCAGCCCUCUGAUCGUAAAAGCUGUUUUCUCUUCAGAAAUCGUCGAAAUCAAUCCGUGAGAGUUCGUCAUGUUCCUGCAGUUUUACCUCAAUGAGAAUGGCGAGAGGGUUUACACUCUGAAGAAAGUGGACCCCAGUGGUCAGCCCACCAGCUCGGCUCAUCCGGCCCGAUUCUCACCCGACGACAAGUUCUCCAGGCACCGAGUGACCAUCAAGAAGAGAUUCGGACUCCUGCUGACGCAACAGCCCCGGCCUGUGCUCUAAACACACACACACACACACACACACACACACACACACACACACACACUCAAUAACACUGGACUCAAGUCACUCACACUUUAUUAUCAUUGUUUUUAUUUUUGUACAAAAGAGUGAUGUAUGUUUUCUGUUUUCACAUGACCAUCAAGAGUGCUCAACAUUAUUUUACACUCUUUUUUUUAAAUACAAUAAUAUGAUUUGGGAUUAUCAAAAGCAUGGCUCCAUUGUUUGCUCAAUGUGUUUUAUGUGGAGCCGAUGGAAAAUAAAAUUAAAUGGCUGAAA